AUGGACAAAUGGAUGACAAAUGUGAGCUACGAUGAUAUGGAACUUGGGGAUGAUAUGGAGUUUUCAUCGGAUUCUGACCUGUCUGAAAUGUUUGGAGAAGCUGGAUACAAAGGUAGAAUUCCAAAUGAAUGUAAUAAAAAGCGCCGCCUACUGUCAAGUAGUUCGGAAUCUGAUUCUGAAAACAUUGAGGAAUUACCAGACAUCGAUCCGCGGCAAUUUCUUUGGAGCACACAAAAUUUGGCUGCAAAAGUUUUCGAUUUUGAUGAAAACCUACUAGGAAUUAAAGCAAAUAUUGACGAUAAAUCGUCAAUAUUAGAAAUCUUUCAGCUUUUCAUUUCGGAAAAUAUGGUUGAACAUAUUGUAAGAGAAAGCAAUGCUUAUUAUACCACGAAAACUAUAAGCAGUAAGCACUCACGAUUGUUGGCAUGGAAAAAUACAACAGUUACCGAAAUGUAUAGAUUCUUUGCUCUGUCGAUGUUAAUGUCAAGAGUAAAAAAAGUAUCAAUAGAAGAAUAUUGGUCAACCGACGAGUUAUUACGAACGGAAAGUUUUCCAAGAAUAAUGACAAAAGACAGGUAUAAAUCUCUAUUACAAAUGCUACAUUUUCAUGAUAACAAUGAAACAACAAAUCAAGACGUGCUAAUAAAAAUUCGGAGCAUCAUCGACAAACUGCGAAAUUCUUUUUCACGAGCAUUUUACCCAUACAAGUAUUUAUGCAUCGACGAAAGUUUGCUGCUUUUCAAAGGACGAUGUUUCUUCAAGCAGUAUAUACCUUCGAAACGAAGCAGAUCUGGCAUCAAGUCGUUUGUUAUUUGUGACUGUCAUACUGGAUAUAUUCAAGAUUUUAUUGUCUAUUGUGGAGCGCGCACGGAUAUAACUAACAAUAAUUUAGCAGAAAUUGGAAAAUCAGGAAAUAUUGUCAUGACGUUGAUGGAACCGUAUCUAAAUAAGGGUCAUGUUUUAGUUACCGAUAACUGGUAUUCAAGCCCGGCAUUAUUUUCUCUCUUACAUCACAAUAGGACACAUGCAUUUGGAACCGUGAAGAAAAAUAGACGUGGAAUGCCUAAUAUAUCCAAUAAAUUAUGCAAAGGCGAAGUUGCAUUUAAAUCUACGGAUAAACUAUUAGCACUAAAAUGGAUGGACAAAAGGGAAGUGCUAAUGUUAUCAAGUUAUCAUUCUGCUGAAUUUAUAGAAACAAAAAGAAAUGAUGUUAAAACGGGAAGACCAAUUCUAAAACCAACUGUCGUAGUGGACUAUAAUCGCGUUAUGGGAGCAGUCGAUAAAACGGAUAUGAUUUUGAAUUCCAUUAAUACUAUUCGUAAAACUCUAAAAUGGUAUAAGAAAUUAUUUUUCCACAUGGUGGACCUUUCGAUUUACAAUACUUUCAUACUUUACAAAAUUACGUCCAAAAAGAAUAUAACAUUUGCGAAAUUUCAUUUACGUCUCAUUCGAGAAAUUCUACUUAAAUAUUCAAAUACAAAUAUAUGUAACAAUAAGUCUGGAGGCCAAACUGCGUCCAAAGAUGAUAUGUUACGUUUGAUUUCAACACAUUUUCCAUCCAAAUAUAUCAAUCCCACAGGAAAGCGGCGGAACGGUCGGCGGAAAUGUGUGGUUUGCAGAAAACACAAAAAGCGUACCGAAACACAAUUUGAAUGUAAAGAAUGUGAAGUUGGUUUAUGUAUUGAACCCUGCUUUAAAUUGUACCACACAAAGGAACAUUAUUAA